UUGAAAAUUGCUUUAUUUAGUUAUACAAUAUAGCAAUCGAAACUACUCUUGUCAUGGUCAAAAAGUAUUGAUUUUAAAACGAUUUAAUAUGAUUGUUAAAAUAUCAGUUGCGAUAGAAUGUACAAGUGUGAGUGAUGUAUAUAUCAUUAAAACGAAUUUUGAAAUGAUGUUGAACUAAUUAAAAACCAACUAAAGUUGUUGAACCUAAAUAUUUUAUAAAAUUGCCAGAAUUUCUUUUAAAAUGAUAAAAACAUGUUCCUUCAAAGCUUAAAUAGAAUAGAAUACGAAUAGAAUACGUCAUAUUCUAUUCUAUAAUUUCGAAAACACAUUCGCUACGAAACUUAAUGUCGCAGUAUUUUGUUCUAAAUUAUAAGUUUAAAUAUCACUGCAUUUUAUCCUAAAAUGAAUAGAAAAUGUCUCCAAGAAGCUUGAAUAUUGCUGUAAUUUGUUUUGAAAUGACCUAUAAAGCUUAAAUAUAACUGUGGUUUGUUAUAAAAUGAUAGGAAAUGCCCUUACAGACAUAUAAUUGUCCUACUUUGUUAUAAAAGGAGAGCAACUGAAACUGCUGCUUUAGUCCCCUUUAUAUAAUAAUAUAACUUGUGUUUAGAAAGGUCAUUUACGUAAUGUUGUUACAUUUAGAAUAUAUACAUCAUUUUUUAAAAGCAUGAGGUUCUUUUUCCAGUUAAAUUGUUUUAAUAAAAUGAGUAUUUGGUCACAACGGUCAGCCAGUUUUGACGCAAGUAAAAUUCAAAUGUCACAACUUGAAAUAUUGGUACCACUUGUUGAUGAAAACAAUAAAGUUUUGGGUGCUGCAACUAAGCAUGAAUGUCAUAAGCUAAAAGAUCAAAAUGAUAUUGGCAUGUUGCAUCGUGCUUUCAGCGUGUUUUUAUUCAAUUCAAGGAAGGAGCUAUUGUUACAACAAAGGUCACGUUUUAAAGUUACUUUUCCGAAUUACUUCACAAAUACUUGUUGCAGUCAUCCAAGUUAUGAUAAAGACGAAUUAGAAGAAAAAAAUGACCUUGGAAUAAAACUAGCUGCUCAAAGAAGAAUGAAUUUUGAGCUUGGUGUUCACAAGAAUGCGCUUCCUGUUGAAUCGUUUCAAGUUUUGACAAAAGUACACUACCAUGCAAAAGCUGAUAAGGAAUGGGGAGAACACGAGAUAGACUAUGUUUUAAUUUGCAAAAGAGACAUUGAUUUGGAAAAUGUUAAUGAAGAUGAAGUGCAGAAAACAUUUUAUGUUGAUCAAAAAGGACUUAAGGAAUUUUUAAAAAAUGCAGAACAAAACAAUACCUUAAUUACACCUUGGUUUAAAUAUGUCACAGAGAACUUUUUGUAUAAAUGGUGGGAUAAUCUAGACCACUUGGAAGAUUUUAAAGAUGGCACCAUCCACAAAGCAGGAGACCAGUCAACAUUGACAUAAUUGAAACACUUAUAAAUUGAAAAGAUUUAUAGUUAAACAUAUCACAAACGUAUCUUUAGCUUAAAAA